AGCCGGUCUAAAUCCUUACCCAAUACCGGACAUUGAAAUGUGGCAAACAUGUAAACAAAAUCUCCCAUCUAAUAUAGAAGGAUACAGCAAUGACUCCUUGACCAGCGUAGAGAUGACAAUCUACUGAAAAAGCAUACAACAUGGGGAAGAAAAGAAGGCCCCCUAUGAGGGUCAUAGAGGAUGUCGUCGAACCAAAAGCCAAAAUUGUAAAAACUUCACUGUGUUCCUGUACAUUUAUAAAACUAGCAUUAAAAACAUUAUGUUUAGUUAUAUUUUACUACACAUUUUCCAUUGGAUUGACAUUUUACAACCAGAGGUUUAUUCAUCAUUUCAAGAUUCCAUUAUCAUUAACAAUGGCCCAUCUAGUCAUCAAGUUCAUACUGGCAGGAUUAUGUAGAUGUUUAAUACAAGUGUGUACCAGUAAAGAGAGAGUUACUUUACCUUGGGACAUGAAUGUCAAGAAAGUUGCUCCUACAGGUAUUGCCAGUAUUCUGGAUAUAGCAUUAUCAAACUGGAGCUUUGAGUUUAUAACUGUAUCAUUAUAUACAAUGACCAAGUCAACAGCUGUUGUAUUUAUACUAGGAUUUUCUUUGUGUUUUAGACUAGAAAAACCAAGAUGGUCAUUAAUAUUUGUAGUAUUAUUUAUAGCUGGAGGUCUGUUUAUGUUCACUUUCCAAUCAACACAAUUUCAACUAGAGGGGUUCCUUAUGGUAUUUGCAGCCUCCAUUUUGUCUGGUCUCAGAUGGACAUUGGCACAAAUAGUCACACAAAAACAUGAAAUAGGUUUAAGUAAUCCACUAGACAUGAUGUUCCACAUACAGCCAUGGAUGAUUGUUGGCUUGUUACCUUUAUCCAUAGCAUUUGAAGGAGAGUUACUGAGUGCCAAGGCAGAUUUCUUUAGGUAUUCAGAUGUAUCCCUUGUGAUGAGAAAUGCAGGAUUAGUAUUACUUGGAGCAGUUUUAGCCUUCUUUCUAGAAUUCAGUGAAUUUUUAUUGUUAGCUAACACAUCAAGUUUAACACUGUCUAUAGCAGGAAUAUUUAAAGAAAUUUGUACAUUGUAUUUAGCAGCCACAGUUAAUGGUGAUAAAAUGACAUUUUUAAAUGGCCUUGGUCUUGUGGCUUGUUUAGCAGGGAUCUCAUUACAUGUUAUUCUGAAAGCUGUUUAUAGAAAAACAGACACUAAAGAAUUGUCACAUGACUUGGAAAUGUUGAUACGUAACGGAGAAGCUAAUGUAGACUCUGAUGAUGAAAUCGAUGUUUUUAAUGCACGUACAGAUAGAUAGCAUAUGAUUCUUAUUUAUUGUUAUUAAUUAUUGUCUUAAAUUAUUGCAAUAUGGGGUGCUAUAUGUUGUAGAUGAAGGCUCAAAUUUAUAAUAACUUCCACAGUAACCAAAAAUGAUAAUAUUUGCCACAAAAACAUAAAAUAAUUUUACUUUUACAAAGUUCAAUGCACAACUCAUGAGUUAUUUGAGCGUUUAUGGCAAAUAAAGUAUUUAUUCUCAUAAACAAACACAUUAAUUUUAAUAUACAGAACAACUAGCCCUGAUUUUUUCAUUGAUUUCCCAUAGUUACAGGUAUUGUUUCCAACUUGAUUAACUCCUGAUGCCAUUAUAUACAUGUAUUAGUACAUUUUGUCUACUGUAAAUUCAGAAAUUAUUGCGUGCAUUUAUUAUUGCUAUUUUGUCAUUUAAGACUACAAUGUGAUUUAAAUUUUUGCAAUAUUCAGAAAAAUCCUGUCUGAUUCAUAUAAAAAUUUCAAAAUGUGAGUUUUUAAAAUUGAUCACAAAAAGGAAAAAUAUUUACACAUGUUAUGUCACAAAAUUCUUUUAUAAAUUAAAUGCAAUUGUUUCCUAUUUUAAUUGUUGUAGGACACACAAUUUGGACGAAAGCAAAACAUGCAGAGUGAAAAUCUCAAAUUAAUUUAGUUUCUAGUUUAGUGCUCUUUUGUGUCAGAUAGGUUUUAUAUUAAAAAAAAUAAUUAUUGGGCUCUGAGAUAAAUUUUGUAAUAUACCUGUGUAAAGAUGUAAAAAGGUUAUCCUUAAUUCUUGUAUGUUAAGAAAAGAGGCAUAUGAUUGA